AAACAUAAGCCAUAGGUCGUGCGGGGGGAGGGGGGUCUGAAAUAGUAAGAGCUCGGCUUCCAUGUCAGGGCACGCACGCUACGGCACCCGGACUGUAGCAAAGUCGACAGAUGGACCACCCGCAGCCCGCCAACUUACUCGCUAGCAUGCAUUCUCCAGUUCAUCCCUGCCGUCCAUCAACUGAACCUAUCUGCAAACUCAUGUACAAACAUCUUCUCUACCGCACCUACUUUACCUACCGGCAAUCGAUAAUCCGUAAUCUGCCAAAGCUUCCUACGCGCUUUCUCAGUCAUCCCUAAGUUAUUCGUACACCACCCUCGAUAUAAGCCUUCGAAAUUCGGGUGUCGGGUCAUUGGAAACCUGAAGCCAUGAGCUACCACGAUUCUCGCCGCAGACACCCCCAUCCCAUCCAAACCUUCCGGCCCGAAUCGGAGUACUCCUCGUCCGCCCCGGGCUCCGGCGCCCAAACACCGACAGGGUCGGGGGCCAGCAGCUCUCAACUACCAGGGCUCGUCUCCAGUAUUUGGGGAGGUCUGAUUCGGCGAUUCUCCGCCGAAACGCCGUCCCUCACCCACUCACAGUCAUACCCAGCAGACAGUUCACACUCACACUUCGACGACCACAACUACAACAACAGUAACAACAACAACGGCGUCGACGGAGUUUACGUUCCCCCUCGAUUCCAUGAAACUAUCCAACGAACGGCGUCACCAAUGCAGCCGCCUCCACUGGAACCCGUGCAGCUCAAGGGGUUUGCACCAGACACACCCGCGUCGGCCAGGAUAUUAACACAGGCGAUCGCGGAAGAGAUACGGAUCAUGGUGCCUACGAGACUCAGCAUCGUGGAUGAGUGGAAUUUGGUCUACAGUCUGGACCAGGAUGGGGCAAGUCUGGGAACGCUUUACGAUAAGUGUGCAAAGUAUUCCGGACGACGAGUGGGAUUCGUGUUGGUUGUUAAAGAUGCAGAGGGUGGUAUCUUCGGCGCCUACCUCUCCGACUUCCCCCACCCAGCCCCCAAAUACUUCGGCACAGGUGAAUGUUUCCUCUGGCGCGCCUCCGUCAUGGCCUCCCUCCCGCCUCCUCCCUCCGCCGACACCACGAACCUGCGAGGCCGAACAUCCACCAUUUCGUCAGUCGGAACGGGCACAGACACGGCCACGAACACGGCCACGAACCACAACAGCGGCGACGAUCUUGCCUCAUGUACCGUUUUGAGAGCCACGACGACAGCCACCCCACCCCACAACGACAGCGCAGACGAUCUAUUUGCUGACUUGACCGGUACCGUUGAUCAAACCACCAUCCGCUUCAAGGCGUUUCCCUACAGUGGCGUGAACGAGUACUACAUUUUGUGCGAGUCCCAUUUUUUGAGUGUGGGCGCUGGCGAUGGGAAGUUUGGGUUGUGGCUGGAUGAUGGGCUGGAGAAGGGGGUGAGCUCUACAAGUCAGACGUUUGGGAAUGAGCAGCUUAGCGAUCAGGGUGAGAAGUUUUCUGUUCUGGGGGUUGAGGUUUGGGUAAUUGGGUCUGGGGGGUUAUGAUGCCUCUUGGCUCGCUAGCGAGAAGAGGAGGCUGGGAUGACUUUUGAGACUGAUGUGUUUUCAUUUCUAACACGGCUUUGUGGCCAUUACUGAACUGGGUAUGGAUAUGGAAAUAUUGUGGCGUAAGGCGUUAUGUUGGGGUGGGUUUCGACUUGACCAAGUCAAAAGGAAAAGGAUGGGCAUACAUACCAGGUGUAGGCCUUGUGAUAGGGUCUGCAUUUUUAGUCAGUAUUUGUAUUAUAAUACCCUUCACCUACUCGCGGAAUGGAACUCUUGCUUAACUUCAUU